CAUCAGCAGCAUCACCGGCAGCCUCACAGCUGAGCUCCUCCUGCCCGCCAUGGCGCCUCCCGUGAGCCGGUGAGCCUCAAUUCAGAGGAGCGCUGCCAAAUAGUGCGACACAUGCAUGUUCUCCGUGUUGCGUUAUUGGUUUCGUUUUGCGUACAAUAAACCGGAGAUGUGGUCGACAUGGAAAGAGGAGGAUAACUAGUGACGCGUGACAGGAACCAACAACAUCUGCAGCUCAUCGCAAUAAAAGGUGACAAGGAUGAGCACUUUGGGUCUCUGGUCCUGCACUGACUAGCGACAUGAUCUAAGGACAACCUAUCAGCCAUGAAAGGGUUAGGAGCCAACCGCAGUCGUCAUCUGUCGGACUCAUGCGAACCAUCGGGGUGUCCGCAGAAAACUCUCUGCCCUUUGACCUCUGACCCUCACUGCUCUUUUGUGUUGAGUCCAACCAUAAAUCACUAUGGUACCCUAGAUCCUCACCUUCACCAGUGCCCUCCGACGAGCCCGACGACCUUGACCCCUGACUGCCUGCUGCCUUUCAACCAAAUGUCCAACAGCAGCACAUUCCCCCGUCUGCACUUCACCCCCCAAACGGAGCAAGUGGACUGUCCCCAGGGAUGUAUGACAGGAAGUGGUGGAGUUGGGCAAGGUGGCAGGGCAGGUACCCUAUCCACCUCGUUGUCUGUGGGUAUGGGUCUGGGCUUGGGUUUAACCGGUGCUCCCAUGAUCACAAGUGGAUCGGCCACUAUCUCCUCUGCGGCAGCAGCCAAGAUGAAUCGGUUACCGUCCAACAUUUUGGAUCAACUGGAACGGCAUCUGCCUCUGCAGCGCGACGGCUUCAGCACUCUGCAGUUUCACAGAGGACGUAUGUCGAAACAACGCAGCGAGAGUCCAGGACGGAUACGCCAUUUAAUGCAUUCGGUGCAGAAGCUCUUUGCCAAAUCUCAAUCGCUGGAAAACUCUACGAUUAAAGGAAAUACAAAUACAGAGGAUGGUGGUAGAUCAACCCACAGGAGCAAGAGUAAAGAUGGGGCAAAGACCGAAGGACAAAAGCAGAGAACAAGACCAAAUGCAUUAGGACUGUGGAGCUCGGAUGAUGCUCUUGACAUUGAUGCUACCAAAGCUGGCACCAUCGCUGUCGGUUACCGCAACCCAUUGUGCAUGAUGACACUUGGUAGAGCGAUAUCAGACAGCCAGGCCCACACCAGAUAUAUCCCACAGGGCUACAACACAAUAUCUGCACAUUCUCUCAAAACCUCGAAAAGCAGCAGUGACCUCAAGCUCUUAGGAUGUCCGGUCACGCUAGCAGGAUCCAAGGAAGAGAACGGAAGAACUCGAAGCAAGGACGAUACACAGGUGAAGAGGGGUUCCUGGUCCAAUCUCACGCUCAAUCAGGCCAGGCAAGUGUUACAGAAAGGCUCUGCUACGGUCAACAGGACACUUUUAAAAACAAAGUCAUGCCACCAGGAUUUGACAAACCAGUUUCUUCAGGUCCCGUUGGGCGACUGGGCUGGCACUUUGGGUCGCGGAUGGACCAAAGGAACAGAAAUCCCCUGUCGAAGAAUGCGCAGUGGAAGCUAUGUGAAAGCAAUGGGAGACACGGAGGACAGUGAUGACUCAGAGGGGAGUCCGAAGCCGUCCCCCAAAUCUGCAGCCCGUCGCCAGAGUUAUCUGAAGGCCACUCAGCACUCCCUGAGUGAACAGCAACCUCUGCCACCUCCACGGAAGCCUCGUUGCUACGCUCUCAUGAGGGAGGAUUUUCUUUGGUCUCCACUGCAGAGUGCAUGCUCUAUGCAGCAUCUCAGCUGCCUUCCUUCCCUUAAAGAGCUGUCCACAAAUCGUAGCCUGGACAACUUAGACUGCCUGGUGAGCCCACUGGAGACGCAAUCACAGCAGAGACACAAUGAGUUCAGCCAGUGCCCCAGCACCUUGGCCAGAGGAUCCACCGCUCAGCGUGUGAGUCUGCACACGAUCUUUCAGGUAUGUGGCCAUGGCUUUGGGCACUCCGUUCCGCACUGUGAGGGCGAAUCGCAGGCAGUGGAAGCUCUGGACCUUCCUGCCCCAACCUGCUUCAGGUCACGCAGCCACAGUUACCUGAGAGCCAUCCAGGCGGGCUGUUCCCAGGAUGAAGAUACAGGUUCUGUGGAUUCAGACUCACCACCGCCCACCACCAAAAGCUACAGCUCCAACACAAUCAACAGCAGGAAGGCUCCGCCUCCAGUCCCACCCCGCACCACUUCCAAACCUCUCAUCUCGGUGACUCUUCAGAGCAGCACAGAGUCCGCCCAAGACACGUACCUGGACCAACGGGACCACGGCAGUGAAGCAAACAGCCAGUCAGGACGCAGCAAUUCCUCUGAGAGUCUCUGUAGCAUCCGCACUGGCGGUUUGGCCAAGAGGAACCAGCCUCCAGCGACUGUCCCCUCUGUAACCCCUGCACCCCCUGUUCCAGCUCCUCGAGACCUUCCUCCUUCUACCACUUCCUCUACCACCACUACUUCCACAUCGACCCAGCCCCAAAAUGACACCCUGAACACUUGUCUUGCCCUGGAGCAGCCCCCCACUGCACCCAAAAGAAAGUUAUCCUCCAUUGGAAUUCAGGUGGAUUGCGUUCAGCCUGUCCCAAGAGAGGAACCGUUGCCAUUGACUGCCCCUCUGAGAUUCCAGUCAAUUGGAGUUCAAGUGGAAAACGGCAGGCCUCUCAGUCGGGACAGCAGCAUGGCCUCCAGACAAAACACAGAGACCGAGCCUCAGGAGCACCACGAAGCUGCACCCACAGAAAAUGGCAAAACCAGCUGCGACAGCCCCAAGACCACAAAUUCCAACCGACAGGACAUAGCCAUUGAACAGCUGUCCCUUAAACACACCUCAACUCCAUCCAGAACAUCCACCUUGCCUCCAGAGACGCUGGACCCGGCUUUAGAUCCGUCCUCCCUGCCACCGCCUGAUCCAAGCCUGGAGACCGGAAACUGCAACGCCCAAGGAGACUCUGCACAAGCCGGCACGCCAGCUUGCCUCAGAGAUGGUAACUGGUUUCUGAAGCUGCUUCAGGCAGAAACAGGCCGCAUGGAGGGCUGGUGCCAGCAAAUGGAGCAGGAGACCAAAGACAACAAGCUUUCAGAGGAAGUGUUGGGGACGAUCCGCAGUGCAGUAGGCAGUGCCCAGCUCCUCAUAUCACAGAAGUUUGAGCAGUUCAGGGGACUCUGUAAUGAAAACCUGAACACCAAUGCCAACCCGCGGCCAACAGCACAGGACCUUGCAGGUUUCUGGGAUCUGCUUCAGCUCUCAAUAGAAGACAUCAGUCUGAAGUUUGAUGAGCUCUACCAACUAAAAGCCAACAACUGGCAACUUCCUGAGAAAUCAGAAAAGGUUGAAACAAAGCAGCUACCAUCUUCCAUGCCAAAGAAGCAAUCUAAGCCCAAGCUGUCUGCUGGGAAGGACAGGAGCAUGGACUCAGCCGUGGACAAGCAGCGGCAAGAAGCCAGAAAACGGUUGAUGGCGGCAAAGCGUGCAGCCUCGGUGCGACAGAACUCGGCGACGGAGAGCGCUGACAGCAUUGAAAUCUAUGUCCCCGAGGCACAGACCCGCCUCUGAGACUGUGCCAGAACUAAUCAUUGGGAAUCUCCGUACCCAGUGACUCAAGCCAACUGACAGAACUAAGUCCUUCACACACCCACACAUGUACAACAAUGCAUCAGUGCAACACAAGGAUCCAAAAACAUUGGACAGAACACAACCUUGCAAGAUGUUGACAUGAUGACUCUUAUCUCCUAAAGUAUAUCAAGACUGUCUGAAGUGUGCAAGUACCCUUUUUUUUGACAAGGACACUCUUGUGAACUGAAGAAUCUUGGUAUCACAGAAGUUUACUCUCUCAACUCGGCAAGUUGUGGCCGGCUAGUUUACGAUCUUAGCUACCAUCUACACACACUCAGGAUACACACGCAGGUGUACUCACUCUCCACAGAGUCUUCCUGUUCUCUAUUUGUAAUAGGCUGCCGCUCAUCGGCUGUGUUGUGUACUCUUUACCAUGUAACAGUUAUGGGGAAGAUGUUGGGGAAAACCAGAGAACCAGAAGAAGGCAGUAGCAUAUAUAUUAUAAAUAACACACUAUUGCAAUGUUCAUUUUGUAAAUGUUGUAUACCAGAUUGUUAGAAAGAGCUCUGUGUUCAGUAUCAUGUUAGUUUUUUAUAGCUCAAGUACAUGUAUUGUCAUGAUAUAUUAGCACUUGAUGCAAUCCUUCACCCCCCCCCCCCCCCCCCCCCCCACCACAAACUCGCACUACAGUUUUUCUGUGAAUAUCACGGUUUAAGUCUUACCUUUUCGCUAAGUUUGUUAUUCUGUGCUGGUAUUCCAAGAAAGCCUGCCUAGCCAAUGAGGUCCGGCGGAAUGUAUAGAAUAUAUGCAUUUUGCAGCUCAUUAUGACUUGAUCACUGCACUUUCACCUCAGAUCGAGUUUUUUUUUUUUUUUUUUUUUUCAAUGAAUCAUUCUUACUUUCCAAUGUGAUGAAGGGGACCAAGGCACUCACCACUUGUUAUGGCAUUCCCAUUCACUUACAUGUGACAGGGUGGGAGUUCUCAUACCACUGAAAAGGAAAUGGAAAAGCAAUAAUGAAAAUGGAGUCGUAUCACAGCAUGCAAUGCAGGAUGUGUGCAGUCUUAAGUGAUUUAACUGUUUUGGCAUGGAGGACUAAAUGUUUUGUUCGCUUGUGAACUGCAUUCACUGGAAUCUCAGGUUGAAAGCUCAAAGUCGGCAGUAACAACCACUAUGAAUCGAAUGGCUAUAACAAUCACACAUUUAAACCACAUUCGGUGUGAAAGCCACAAGCGUUUCGUCCUUAGAAAUAAAACGGUUCAUGUUAAAGCACAAACUUUUUUUCCCCCUCAUCAGUCCACUUUCUCGCAUCUUAAACUCCCACCCGUUAGUUAAAAAUUAAUUGUGGUACUUUUUUUUUGUAAUCCAUCAUUUAACAUUAUAUGACUUCCAACUAAAAUGAGGUCAGUCUGUAAUUAAAUUGUUUCUGGUGCUGCAAGGGUUUUCACAUUGUGCUAAGACGGCAGUGGUCAUCAACAUCUGUGUCCUUUUGAAAUCGUUUUUUAUUUAAAUUGUGUUUUUUUUUCUAUUUAAUGUGCUCAUGAUUCAUAGCAAAGGUUCUUUGCAGCACUUUUGAUGCAUUAUGCCUUGUUCCUGACAUACACAAGCAGUGGAGCAUGGCAUAGCCCAAUUAUGUUUGAGUAAAGGUCGAUUUACUAGUCAGAGCUGGCUCUCCCCCUACUGGUUAGUCAUUGCAUUACACUCCAGAAAACGUGUCUUCAAUUCUGAACCAAAACAAAUAUAUAUUACAACAACUAUUAAGUUAGACUGGGGAAGCUGACACGACACCAAGUUGUUAAUUUUCUGUCUUUCUUAUUUGUAUGACAUCAACAGUGGACAUUUGCAUUUCAUUGUCCAAAAACAAUCAUUAAACAUCCCUUUACUACA